CAGGGCUGCUCUGAGACACUUACCCCUGGACUGGAAGGGAUAAAGCAGCUCUACAUGUCUUUGGCCUGACAGAGUGGCCAAAACUACUUCCACAGAACUUGAGCAGUCAGACUGCAACACUUUUGGUUGUUUGCUUCCCAGAAUCCAGCACAAGAAAAUCCCUGCACAGACACCCACCUCCGAAUUCCACACGAUGCAGGCUUCUAUGCACCCAGAGCCACCUGAAAAUGGAAGUGCCUCCUUCCUCCCCACCAUGGGUGCCAACCUCUCCCAGGAAAACAGCAUCCAGCCCAAUACCACCUCCACAGAGCCCCUGUCGGUACUCUAUGUGCUCCUGCCAGCUGUGUACUCUGUGAUCUGCGCUGUGGGGCUGACUGGGAACAUGGCCGUCAUCUAUGUGAUCCUGAGGGCCCCCAAGAUGAAGACAGUGACUAAUGUGUUCGUCCUGAAUCUGGCUGUGGCUGAUGGGCUCUGUAUCUUGGUCCUUCCAACCAACAUCGCGGAGCACUUGCUGCAGCACUGGCCCUUUGGGGAGCCUCUCUGCAAGCUGGUGCUAGCCAUCGACCACUACAACAUUUUCUCCAGCAUCUACUUCCUGGCUGUGAUGAGCAUUGACCGCUACCUGGUGGUACUGGCCACUGUGCAGUCCCGCCGUGUACCCCAGCGCACCCAGCGGGGAGCAAAGGUUGCCAGCCUGUGUGUGUGGCUGUGUGUCACCAUCAUGGUUCUGCCCUUUUUCUCCUUUGCUCAUGUGUACAGCAAUGAGCUGCAGGUGCCCAGCUGUGGGCUGAGCUUUCCACGGCCAGAGCGGGCCUGGUUCCAGGCCAGCCGCAUCUACACACUGAUGCUGGGCUUUGUAUUGCCUGUGUGUGCUAUCUGUGUGCUCUAUGUGGAUCUCCUACGCCGACUGCAGGCCAUGCAGCUCCACUCUGGGGCCAAGGCCCUGGGCAAGGCCAAGCGGAAAGUGACCAUCCUAGUCCUCACCGUGCUGGCUGUGUGCCUCCUCUGCUGGACGCCCUUCCACCUGUCCUCUGUGGUGGCCCUGACCACAGACAUGCCCCAGACAUCCUUUGUCAUUGGUAUUUCUUAUACCAUCACCAGCCUCACCUACGUCAACUCAUGUCUCAACCCCUUCCUGUAUGCCUUUCUGGAUGACAGCUUCCGCAAGAAUUUCCGCACCUUGUUUCUGUGCCGAAGAGCCUGAGUAUCACCGGCCAUUCCUCCCAGGUCAGGGAACAUCCUGCCUGUCCACAUCACAUCUCUAUAUUUCCCACACAGAUAUGGACCUUGCAAAGUGUCACCUCCAAAAAGGACCACUAUAGUGUGGUCCUGCCCUUGUCUCUGCUUCAUGGACACCUGUAGGGACUCAGAUCCUAGUAGCAUGCACAGCGAGUCUGGUCACCCAAACAGGAUGGACAAACAGAUGCCUUCCCAAGAUGGUCCCUUAUAUGUAUUCUGUGGAACCAAGGUUCCCUGACAACAGAGGUCUGGAAGAGAAGGGACCUAAACUGUGAGCCUGGCUUGGAGUCAGUGCUGUGUUCCACACUCAGGACCCCCUGGGCUCCUUAACACAGAACAGGGAGGUGACAAAGGUGUGGGUACCUUGGGGAACAGAGUAGAGCACUGCUGAUCAGGGCAAGAUCAUGGGUAUCAAGUGAAGCCACAAAAUGCACCAGUGACCUAAAACACAGUGUCAGCUCACCAGGAGACCCAUGUCCUUGCACUCCACCUAUCACCCCUGGCCCCUUUAUAUCCUGCUGUAGGACUCAGUGCCCUUCCACCAGGACCUCUCAGUCCCAGUACUCUAAGAACUGGCUGUGCUUUGGAGAAGCCGGCAGCUGCAGCCCCCUCCACCCUAGAUGGGCCUGUGGCCUGGACUUAGCCACCAGAAGCUAAAACUGUGGGAUAUGGCUGUAGGUGCAGGCUGCUCAGAGGCCACUGCUGCCUGGUGGACCUGCAUCUGGCUCCCAGCUGUUCCACAUCUACCAAAUCCCUAAGACCUCACCAAAUGGCUAGCCACCAUGUGAGUUUCAGAACUGGGGCCCUGACACGCAGGCCCAGCAUUGAUCACUGCUGGGUGCCCAGGGAAGAUGCCACUGCCCCACUCUGUGCCUGAUUCCAGAACCACAUCAGCCCCAUACCCCUGUUCCCUGUGUACCUACAGCCAAUGCC